ACGUCAUUUUCGAUUUCCUGGUUGGAUUCUGUAGCAAUGGCGGCUGCACGGUUUCUGUUGAGGAGUGCAAGCUCCAAGGGUGCUAUUUCCAACGUAAAUGGUGGUGUGCACAGUUGUUUGGGUAUUACUCUGGUGAAACUAUCCCCAGGCGGUACAUCCUGUUCAAGAACACAGAGGAGACAUAAUUCCCAUUUCACCUUUCAGCCUGACCCGGUGCCCACUCAAUAUGGGCCCACUACGAAGAUGAACUUAUUCCAGUCGGUAACCAGUGCCUUGGAUAACACGCUUGCCACAGAUCCCACUGCAGUUAUCUUUGGGGAAGAUGUUGCUUUUGGUGGAGUAUUUCGCUGCACUGUCGGCCUCCGAGAUAAGUAUGGUAAAGACCGCGUGUUCAACACCCCUCUGUGUGAGCAGGGAAUUGUGGGAUUUGGCAUCGGUGUUGCCGUGGCAGGAGCAACAGCCAUCGCAGAGAUCCAGUUCGCCGAUUACAUCUACCCAGCAUUCGACCAGAUUGUAAAUGAGGCAGCCAAGUACAGGUAUCGCUCAGGCAACCUGUUUGACUGUGGGAACCUGACCAUCCGAGCACCGUGGGGUUGUGUGGGCCAUGGAUCGCUCUACCACUCCCAGAGCCCUGAGGCCUUCUUCGCCCACUGCCCUGGGAUUAAGAUUGUGAUCCCCAGGAGUCCUGUGCAAGCCAAGGGUCUUCUCCUCUCGUGCAUAGCAGACCAGAACCCCUGCAUCUUCUUUGAGCCCAAGAUCCUCUACAGAGCAGCGGUGGAACAAGUUCCCACAGAACCCUACACCAUCCCCCUAUCACAGGCCGACGUUCUGCAAGAGGGAAGUGAUGUCACUCUUGUUGCCUGGGGAACGCAGGUCCAUGUGAUGAGGGAGGUGGCCAAUAUGGCUCAGGAGAAGCUGGGCAUUUCCUGUGAACUCAUCGAUCUGCAGACCAUCCUGCCCUGGGACACGGAAACAGUUUGUAAGUCGGUGGUGAAGACCGGACGACUCCUGAUCAGUCAUGAGGCUCCAAUCACAGGAGGCUUUGCUGCAGAGAUCAGCUCUACAGUACAGGAGGAGUGCUUCCUGAACCUGGAGGCCCCCAUCGCCAGGGUGUGUGGCUACGACACGCCCUUCCCCCACAUCUUCGAGCCCUUCUACAUCCCUGACAAGUGGAAGUGCUUUGAUGCAGUCAAGAGGAUGAUCAACUACUGACACCCCCACCCCACCCCUCCAGGGUGCUUGUUGGGGUGCCGACAUUGUGUGUGAUAGUAUGAGCUGCUCGUGCCUGCUGCUAGAAGACUGUUUGGACUAACGCGCUGCUCAUCUCUUCCUCCUGCAGAACCGUUAGGACCUACAUGCAACAAGUCUCUCCUCCCUUCUGUCUCUGGUUUUUUUUUUCCCUCACAAAGCCAGAUGGAGGUUCCCCUGACAUCAUCCAGCGAGAUUGCUGUACAAGCACAGACUGUUACUGCGGAGCCAGGGAGAAGCGGGGGAACCUUUUUUAACGCGUUUUUUGGGAAACAAACUUUUAAGAACUCUAGCGGUCCUUUUGAAGGAGACACAGUUCACUGACACUAACAUGUAGAUACUGUAUGGGUGCUCUGCUGUAAUAACUAGCUGAAUGUCUUCUCUUCAUUCUCUCUUGCUGCGCUUUUUCUUCAGCUGAAUGCUGUCGAUGCCUUCCUCCUUUCAGUCGUUUGUUUUUUGUUGUUAUUUCAUGUCGUCUUGCCUCAGCCAUGCUACCGGGAAAGUGUGGUUUAAAAAAAAAAAAUAAAGUGUUUGAUUUUGCGGUGGUACAACUGAA